GAAUCUUUCAUACUGGGAAGGUUACUGCGAUUUGGUUAAUGGCACAGAUGGGGCAUCAUUCCCACCAUUUGUCAAGAAGGAUCAAGUACUGCGCUUCUUCUCCUCUGAUAUCUGCAGGUCGAUCUAUGGAGUUUUCCAGGGCAAGCAGGAUGUGAAGGGAAUCUCACUGUAUCGUUUCACAGUUCCUCGUGAAGCAUUUGCAUCACCUGCUGAAGUCAGAGAUAAUUAUUGCUUCUGUACAGAUGAAGUCAUAUCAAAGAACUGCACAUUAGCUGGAGUCCUAGACAUCAGUGCCUGCAAAGCAGGAAGACCGGUAUUUAUCUCUCUUCCACAUUUUCUUCAUGCAAGUGAUUCUUUAUUGCAUGAUGUUGAAGGCCUGAGCCCAGAUGAGAAGGAGCAUGGGACGUUUCUAGACGUAGAACCUAUCACUGGUUUUACACUACAAUUUGCAAAAAGGCUGCAAGUAAACCUCCUUGUGAAGCCUGCACCAAAAAUUGAAGCUUUAUCAAAAGUUCAAAAACCUUAUGUUUUCCCUAUUCUUUGGCUAAAUGAGUCUGCUGUUAUUGGGGACGUGAAAGCAGAAAUGUUCAGAAAGAAAGUCACGGGUCCAGUCCAGAUGCUGAGUGUGCUGCAGCUGGUGUUAAUAAUCACAGGUUCUGUGCUGUUCCUCGCAUUCAUGGGUUCCUAUUUCAUAUGCAGAUCAAAGAAAUUAAGAUAAACGACCAUGUCACUAACUCAAAUAAGCUGAUGUUUCCAAAGGUCCACACUUCUGACAUCACUGAAGAGGCCACCAGGGAAACUAUGCUUUCGAAGAACUUUGAUUAAUUGAACCUUGUUACAAAUUUUAAAUGACAUUCAAACAGAGUGAAGCUGAGGUGUGGUUGGAUUUAAUCCACCUUCUGCCACUUAUGCAACUUGCUACUUUUCCUGGGAUUUGCAAGACAUGCAAGCUGUUUGCUGAUGUUCUGUCUCUGAGCACAGGCUGGGAAUGACAACACCAUUGAGCUCAUGCUGUGCUCUAGAUGCUCUCAUUGCAAUGUUUCUUUCCAUUCCUUCAAGGAAUGGAAGCUGCUGCAAUAGAACUGCUCUCUGUCCUCUAUUCAGGGAUGUGAAUUGCAUUGAAUGUGAAGUUUAUUAUGUAAAGUUACUAACUGUAAUACAUGAAGUUAAUAUAAGACUUACUAAA